AUGAGCUACCAGGGAUUUAUUGCGCCAGAAAAAAUUGUCCCUCCUGUAUACCGUGACAUAAAGUCACUUGACAGAAGUCUAUUUUCAUUGACCUUUGAUGUCUGGACAGUUCUGUUUCCUGAGGCUGCACAAAUGGGUAAUUUCAUUAAAUCAUUUAAACAGGAUACUGUGCAAAUCCCACGGCUGCCGUUUUUGUUCAAACUGUCUAAGUCAGAGAAUAAGCUCGAAGACUAUCCCAAAAAUCCAGAAUACAAGGCUGUUGCACUUAAUCAUAAAAUCCACUCGCUAGACGACAUAGAAAAAUACCUUUCGCCCGAGGCACGAAACUAUAUACAAGAGUGCGAUGGGAAGUUUUUCAAACACAGGUUCACGCUCGACUACGAUUUCUGGAGAGCAGAGGAAAUACUCCAGAGCACUCUUCCAGAAAACCUUUUGCAUGAGGUGCCGACCUCAUUUACCAAGACGGGCCAUGUUGCUCAUGUGAAUCUUAAGGAUGAAUACAAGCCAUACGACAGCCUCAUAGGACAGGUGAUUUUGGACAAAAAUCCAUACAUCAAGACUGUGGUGGACAAACAGGACACGAUUGAUACCGUUUUUCGGACGUUUAAAAUGAAGGUCAUUGCAGGCGAGGACAAUUUACUGGUGAAACAAAGAGAAAGUGAUUGUGUUUUCACGUUUGAUUUCUCCAAGGUAUACUGGAACUCGCGGCUUUCCACCGAGCACGGACGGCUAGUGAAAAUCUUCAACCCGGGAGAAGCUAUUUGCGACGUCAUGGCCGGUGUCGGGCCUUUUGCCGUGCCCGCUGGUAAAAAGCAGUGCAUAGUCUUUGCCAACGAUUUAAACCCAGAAAGCUAUAAAUACCUCAAGCUGAAUGUGAAAAUAAAUAAGGUCGACAGCUUUGUCAACUGUUUCAAUGAGGAUGGAAGAGAUUUUAUCAAAAACUCUCCAAAAUUGCUUGCGAGUUAUGCAGAAAAACACAAGAAGAUUGAAGUAUCCAAGCCAAAUGCGCGCGGAACAAAGAAACACAAGGUCACCAAGGUCGAAAUACCACGCUUCUUCUCACACUAUGUGAUGAACCUGCCGGACUCUGCCAUAACAUUUGUUGAUGCGUUCGUGGGUCUUUUUUCCAAUGCUUUUCCAGAACUGACGCGCACAGAGGUGAGCAGCCUGCCAGGAUACAAAUUACCGGUCAUCCACGUCCACCAUUUUGAGAAGUUUGCACCGACCGAAAGUCCAGAACCGACUGAGGAAGAAUUGCAGCACAGAAUUCACCAAAAAUUAGUGGACCUUCUGAAAUUUGAGAUUCCUUUUGAAAACCUCUCCUUCCACUACGUCAGGCUAGUGGCCCCAACCAAACCCAUGUUCUGUGUCUCUUUCACUUUACCAGAAGAAGUCGCGUUCGCCGCAGCAAAGAAAUAA